AAAAGGAAAAAUAAAAAGGUCUGCCUCUCCUAUUUGUCCGCUCACUGAGCUCCUGCUCACGAUCUGCCUUCUGCGGUUCUACCCGUUUAGCUGGGUGCCAAGCCUCGUCCUUUACGAGUUGUGCGUGAUUCACUCCUGAAAAGAGGAAAGAUAAUCAGAGACGAUGGGAGGCGGAGCUGAUCACGGGCACGGGCACGGAGAGGUGCAUGGGGAUUUCAGGAGCAAGGUUUGGAGUAUGCCUGGUGGCCCUUAUUGUCGCCCCAAGCACUGGAAGCGCAAUACCGCCAUUGCAAUGUUUGGUGUCUUCCUCAUUUGUAUCCCCAUCGCCAUGAAAUCUGCGGAGCUUGAGCAACGGCCACACCAUCCUGUUCGCCCAAUCCCGUCCCAGCUCUGGUGCAAGAACUUUGGGACCAAAGACUACAAAUAAUCUUCUGGAUUACUGCCGUUAGUUUCGCAACCUGUCGAACAACUUGGUAUUUACCUGUUGAUUUCAAGAAAGUAUGAGCAGCUUUGAACAGUCGCUGUUUUGAUGUCAAUGUCGUAUGAGACUUGUGUCUCGGAUCUUCUCGUAAAUGGGCGUCUAUGUCAUUAAAUUUGAUAGAAUGAUAAGUGUGCUUGUUGAAUUUAGUCAAAACUUGGUUUUGACCAAAAUAAUAUGGGAAUAAUUUUGUCUCGUAAGUUGCUGAAUCAGUAUAUAAAGUAAUAUUAUAAAUUCUGAGUGAAUUGAUAGACAAAUUCAGUUCAUUUAAAGUUGUAAGAUGACAUUAUUUGCCUAUGUCGCUAUGCAAAGAUGUGACGAUCUUAUUAGUAGGUGUGAUUGUAAUUA